AUGAUAGAAUAUAAUGUGUGGGGAAGAAUGUGUAAGUUGUGCACUUUACAUGAGGAAUGUUAUUCUGAUUGUGUGAUUGAUGAGUUUGAUACUUGUUGUGUGUAUGAGGAAUGGACUAGUAUUGUAAGACCACCCAGGAGACCUACUUCUGAUCCUCCUUCUGUAGAUAUGAGUCAGAUGGCUCAUGCCAUGGAGGUUGUGGCGACAUCUAUGAGGCAGAGCCUCAAUUUUAUGCAGCAACAGGCUACGAAUCAGGCGGCUGCUACCGCCCAAGCAACCGCUACUGCCGCAACAGUGCCACCACCUGAGUACCAGCUGAGUGGACCAUCGUGGGUGGCCCCAACACCAUCUGUUGUAAGGUGUUACCGGUGUGGGGGACCACAUCUCAUGAGCCAGUACCCGCAGCUUGGCCAGGUGGGCCAGAAGAUAUGUUAUACAUGCAGGCAGCCGGGACAUUUUGCUAGGGAGUGCCCCACUACUCAGAGUGGAGCGGCAUCUUCCGCAGCUAGUGCAGGGCUGAGGCACUAG